AUACUUGUCCACCUGCAGUAACUACUUAAUUUUUUCAUGGGUGUAUACCAGACAGUUGCAGGUCAAAUAUUGUACUUUUACCCUGUUUAGCCUACUAGAUUUACAGGUUUGUCUGAGCUAAAGCAGCGUUUUUAAACUCCACGAUGUCCGGACACGGUCAUGGUCACGGGCACGGGCACGGCUGCGGGUGCGAGGCGGAACACGAGCCCGCGGAGAGGGGCCUGGAGUACGGACUGUACCGACGGAUCGACCUGGAGAAGCUGCAGUGCCUGAACGAGAGCAGAGACGGGGAUGGGAAGCUGGUGUUCAAACCGUGGGAUCAACGGAACGACAGGGACAAGUAUGUCGAGAGUGACGCAGAUGAAGAGCUGCUGUUCAACAUCCCUUUUACAGGCAAUGUUAAGCUGAAAGGCAUCAUCAUCUCUGGGGAAAAUGACGACUCACAUCCAGCUGAGGUUCGACUGUACAAGAACAUCCCUCAGAUGUCCUUUGACGACACUGGCAGAGAACCUGAACAAGCCUUUAGACUCAACAGGGACCCGGUCGCUGAGCUGGAGUACCCAACAAAGAUCGCUCGUUUUUCCAAUGUUCAGCACCUCUCCAUCCACAUCUCAAAGAACUUUGGAGCAGAGAGCACCAGGGUGUACUACAUCGGUCUGAGGGGAGAAUACUCGGAGGCUUACAGACAUGAAGUGACGAUCUGUAACUACGAGGCAUCAGCAAACCCUGCAGAUCACAAAGUGGAGAGCAUCAUCCCACAAACCAACUUCAUUUCUUGAAGAAGCUUUAGAGAUUUGGAAGGAAGAGGAGAAGGAGGAGAGGUUUCAGUGGCGUCUGCUGACUGUCUUUGACAAGAAGUCAAAGAUGAGUUCAACGCUGUGUAGCGGCAGGUUGGUUGAGCUUGACCAGAACUGAGCGCUAAAAUCUGAAGACCAGAGAGCUUCAGGUGUGUCUCAGAGUGCCAAGUUAUUGCUCUGCUUUAUAUGGCAAUAAAGAGUGAAGGCUUACUGUGGGUAUAAAGCUUAAUAAUAAAUGCAUGAAACAUUUGACACUCAGA